GCGCUACGGCUGUUCUCGUUGUUGCUGUCGUUGCCGCACCGCAUCACCGUCGACUACGGAGACGCCAACGCUAAAAAAAAACAAAAAAGCAAAGGUUGCAGAGAGACAUUAUUACUAUUAUUACUACUGUUGUUAUUCUCUCCUGGUUCGGCUCUAUUCCUUGACGUAAACGUGGACGUUUCUUCAACGCCACUCAAGCGCACAGCCUAUUUUAUUUUUAACUCUUAUGUGUUUCCGCGCGUUUUUACCCGAUCUUUAUUAUCUUUAGUAUUAUCUUUAUUAUUGUUCUCUUCCUCGUUUUGCCCCAUUGAAAAUAGGUGGUCAUUCUUCAUAGUGAGCAGCAUGAAGCCUUGGUUCCUGCGUGGGAAGGUCAUUCACGGCUUCGGCCGCGGUGGGACGCAGCUGGGAUUCCCCACUGCCAAUAUCGAGCUGAGCCAGAGUGCUGUCGAGUUCCUGAAGCCCUACGACAACCAGGUCGUGUGGGGCUGGGGGUGUAUCGAGCUCGAGUCGGCGGCGAAGAACGCGGACGCGGCAUUGCGCUCUGUGACGCCUGCGCAGCUCGGGCCGUUCCCAUUUGCCAUGUCGAUAGGCAACAACCCGCAAUUCAAAAACGCUGAUAUCAGCGCUGAGGUACACUUCUUACAUAAGUUUGAGGCCGACUUCUAUAACUGCGUGUUGCGCGUUAUCAUCGUCGAAACGAUACGCAUGCAGUCCGCGUUUACCACUUUGGAGGAGCUCAUCAAGACGAUUGACGGCGAUGUCACUUUUACGAAGGAGCACCUGAAGAUGAAGCAGUGGGCGCCGUACGAGCACCAUAAGAUGGUGCAGCCGACGGCGACGGCUGCAGACGUGGGGCUGCCGGAGAACAUUCCGUCCUAUGGCGUACUUGAUGCGUAG